AUUGCAUCAGCGCUACCGUCAAAAAUUCACUGGUGUACUUCUGGAUACUCCGUUCAGCAAGAGCUUUUUGAAGAUCCCAGAACUUCCUACUGCACAACAUUCUCAGAGGUAUUAUGGAAGACAAUUGUCCUGACUCAAGGUUCAAGCUGGGCCAGGACAGGAAUGGCUGUUCCGGAUACAGGUGGAUGGAAUGAUUGGCUUAAACAGGCACACGAAGCAACACAGAAGACACAGACACGCGAGGACCCGGACGGUAUCACCAGAUGGUCCAUUCCUCAAUGGAGCGUCUAUGAUACUUUAUCAAUUUGUCUGAAAAAUGAUCAUUCAGAACAGCAUAAUCCUAUUAUUGUCUGA